GACAGUCCCACUGUUAAAUCACAUCUAGAAUACUGUGUUUGGCAUUCUAUGACUUACAGAUGGAUGGGACCUCAGAGAUCAUUUGAACAUUGGGCUGAUUUGAACAUUGGGGUGAUAAAAUAUAAGAUCAAUAUAGUUUUGUAGUUGGGUUCAAAGCAUUCAUGCAAAGUACAGCAAGGGGAAAGUGACAUGGUUCAUGCAAAAAAGGUCUGGAGUUUUUAGAGAAACCAGAACUAAAUAUGAGUCUAAUGUAUGAAAUAUCAGCCAAAAAUGCCAAUGAGGUUACAUUCAUAUUUGUAAAAUGUCCAGUUAUAUCCCAUUUGUGUGUAUCUAAUACAAUUUCUUACCCAGUGCUACAGUUUUCUUGAUGGUGACCAUCCACCUUCUGCUUGAAGGCUUCUAGUGCUGUAGUCAUAACCUGCUCUUUCUUUCCCCAGAUACAUGGAACUAGGGAAUAAGACAAAUGCUCAAGAAUUCUUCCUCAUGGGACUUUCCGACAAACCUGAGCAGCAGCCUCUCCUCUUUGCAAUAUUCUUGUGCAUGUACCUCGUCAUUCUGACUGGGAAUCUGCUGAUCAUCGUGGCCAUUGGCUCAGAUUCACACCUUCACACUCCCAUGUACUUCUUCCUCUCCAACCUCUCCUUUGUCGAUCUCUGUCUGGCCACUAACACUGUCCCAAAGAUGUUGGCCAACAUCCAGUCCAAGACUAAGUCCAUCUCGUAUGUUUGCUGCCUGACACAGAUGUACUUUUUCCAUUUUUUUGGAAUUGUAGAUAGUGUUUUGAUCACUGUGAUGGCCUAUGACCGCUUUGUGGCCAUCUGUCACCCACUGCACUACACAACAAUCAUGAGCCCACGUCUCUGUGGUUUGAUGGUAGGUUUGCCCUGGCUUUUCUCCAUUGUCAUUUCCCUGGCACACACCCUCUUGAUGUCCCGUUUGUACUUCUGUGCCAGCACUGAGCUCCCCCAUUUCUUCUGCGACCUCACACCACUUCUCCGGUUGUCCUGCUCUGAUACUACAGUCAACAAGAUCUUGGUGCUCAUUGUAGGUGGGAUGGUGAUCGUCACACCCUUUCUCUGCAUCCUUGCCUCUUAUGCCCGAAUUGUGGUGGCUAUUCUAAAGGUCCCUUCUGCAGGGGGCAGGAAGAAAGCCUUCUCCACUUGCAGCUCUCACCUCUCUGUAGUGGCACUUCUUUAUGGGACCACCAUUGGGGUCUACUUGAGCCCCUCCUCUAUCCACACAACUGUGAAGGAUAAAGCUUCUGCUGUGAUGUACACAGUGGUCACACCCAUGCUGAAUCCCUUCAUCUAUAGCCUGCGCAACCGAGACCUAAAGGGGGCUCUGAAAAAACUCAUUAACAGGAAAAUUGUCUCUUCUCCUUGAGUUCUCUUUUGGACUUCCCAUGGUAGUUGCUCUGGAGAAAUAAGGUUUAGCUAUGGAAAUCCAGGCUGGAUGCUGGGACACCUGAGCUGGGAAAAUGAAUACUUUUGGGGUCAAAUAAUUCUAUAGCUCAGAUUCCAAACCACAGGGAAUUUUUGGAACCCUAACCAUAGGUAUAACAAAGUCCCCUCCAGGGGGGAGGAACAACUUACUGAUCCAUUUUCCUUUAGUCUAACUCAGAAUUGAGUCAUUUUGUUAUAUAUUUGGGGGGGUCACAACUUGUGCAGGCCAGGAACAUGUGUCCUCAGUGGAUUAAGGGUGAGGUUAAGGGAACAUGAAGAGUGGACCCUAAGAUGCUUUUAUUGCAUGAAAAGGGAUGUAUGGAGACAGUAGCCCUCCUGGUCCUGAGUUGGGAAGCAUUCAUUUUCCCAUUCCAUUAUUUGGGCUAGUUUUCUUGAGAAAGGGAGGAUAAUGAUGUGGGAUUAGACUGUAUAUUGACAUGAGACUGAGAGAGGAUUGGGUGCUUGGUAAAGUGGGAUAUCAGUUGAAGUUGAGUAAGGAAUGGUGAGAAAGGGAUGGGUAUGAUAAGGAGUAGUAAAAUGUAACAAGAUUGGAUAAGGU